UUUACAGUUGUCGAGAGAGGAAAAAAAAAAAUACAAAAAUACAAACGUCAGCAAAGAGACCCAAAUUUGGUGUCAACUUACCCGCUCUUCGUCGGUCGAUAAAUACCGAUCGAUCGAAGCUCGUCGUCACCAACAAGUAAUUGAGUGUAUCUGCAUAUCGGAAAAUGGAAACUAUCGAUGCCGCCAAGCUUCGCUCCGAGUUCCUUCAAGUUCUUCGCAGUCGACGAUCUUCUGAAGUUACACUGUCUGUAGAACUUGGAAAACCUGUGGCAGAUCCCAUGUAUCGACAAACUCCCCUGCCAAGCUUCAGUGAGGCAAUGGAGUCUUGUCCAAAGGCAGACAUUCCCAAUCUUAAGGAUCUACUUAAAGAGGAAAAUGUGUACUUGAUCACUGAGGCAGGAGAGCAAGGGCGCUUACCUGUGCUGAUUUUGAGCAUUAAUGAAAGCAAUCAUCAAAGGAAGCCGGCUGUUGUAUUUUUGCAUAGCACACAUAAGUGCAAAGAGUGGUUACGGCCAUUGCUUGAGGCAUAUGCUUCUCGUGGAUAUAUAGCUGUUUCCAUUGAUUCUCGUUACCAUGGAGAACGUGCCAGCAGUAUGACCACCUAUCGAGAUGCUCUCGUUUCAUCAUGGAAACAAGGUGAUACAAUGCCAUUCAUAUUUGAUACGGUCUGGGACUUGAUAAAACUGGCUGAUUAUCUUAUACAGAGGGAGGAUAUAGACCCUUCUAAGAUAGGAAUUACCGGUGAAUCGCUUGGAGGAAUGCAUGCGUGGUUUGCUGCUGCUGUUGACACCCGCUAUGCUGUAGCUGUACCAAUAAUUGGGGUGCAGGGCUUUCGAUGGGCUAUAGACCAUGACAAGUGGCACAGUCGGGUUGACAGUAUCAAGGCUGUUUUUGAAGAAGCACAGAUUCAUCUAGGGAAGAGUGCUAUUGAUAAGGAAGUGGUGGAGCAGGUUUGGAUCAGAAUUGCUCCUGGCUUAGCCUCCAAGUUUGAUUCACCUUAUUCAAUUCCAAUUAUUGCACCACGGCCUCUGCUGAUCUUAAAUGGUGAAAAAGAUCCUCGAUGCCCAAUUGAAGGUCUGGAAAUUCCCAAAUCAAGAGCAUGCAAGGCUUAUGAAGAUGCCCAUUGUCCAGAUAAUUUCAAGGUGAUAGCACAACCUGGAAUUGGACACAAAAUGACGCCAUUGAUGGUGAAAGAAGCCAGUGACUGGUUUGAUACAUUCCUCAAGUAAAACAGCAAUAGCUCCCUCAUUGUUAGGAAUAUUAUUUGUGUAGAUGUAUCAUCAAUGUUCGUUGCAUCUCAAUUUGUUAGGACAUAUGAUUUUCACUCUUUUGAGUAGUCUCUAUUUAAGAAAAGCUGAACAAUUGAUGUAUGCACAAUGUGCAAGUCUCCCUACAAAGCUUUAAUUAUCUACUAAUCUUUGGCUCUGCAGCUCAAACCCAA